GUCGGCAUUGGCCCCCUGUAUUUCAUAGCUGCCAAGAGUGGGGUGAACUGUAUCUUGGCUUCCCCAUGCUCAAGUGUUGAAUCCUCUCUUCAUAAUCCAUCUAUCUAGAAUCUGGAACUCAAUCAUGGAGAAACCAGAUCUCAAUUCACCAAUUGCCCGUGAUAGCACGACUGAAAGCGGCAGCCGAGUCCACAAAAGGAUUGUCAGGACAUUGAUACCACUUGCAUUUGCACUUGCCUAUGUAACUAUCUUCCAUCUUGCCCCGCCACAGAUCACAUGGAUACACAAACCUGCUCCGAAUUACGCAGCACGGUGUGUUCAACCCGCUGCCCUCUUCCCGGAAGACAAUCCCGACCUGUCGAAAGCAUUCGACUACAUCUCCAGCCUGGCCUUCAAAAAUGCCACCAUCGAGCGUCUUUCCAACGCCGUGAAAAUCAAGACUGAGACGUUUGAUGAUCUAGGUGAAAUCGGGGUCGAUAAACGAUGGGAUGUCUUCUAUGGCUUUCAUGAUUAUCUUGAAAAGACCUUUCCACUCGUUCAUGAAACGUUAAAGGUGGAAAAGGUCAACACUUUUGGACUGCUCUAUACUUGGCAGGGUAGCAAUGCUGAUCUGAAACCUACUACCCUCAUGGCUCAUCAGGAUACAGUUCCUGUGCCAUCUGAUACUAUUGCAUCGUGGGAAUACCCACCCUGGAGCGGUGCCUAUGAUGGGAAAUACAUCUGGGGCCGUGGCUCAAGCGACUGUAAAAACCAGCUUGUUGCGACUUUAGAAACUGUCGAAUUACUUCUUGCGGCUAAAUUUGAGCCUAAACGUACAAUCUUACUCUCAUACGGUUUCGACGAAGAAACGCACGGUUUCCACGGAGCGGGAAAUAUCUCGGCUGUGCUCCAUGAACGGUAUGGAGACGAUGGUCUCGCCGUUGUCGUCGAUGAAGGAGCAGGGUUUGAGGAAGCUUGGGGAACUCUCUUUGCGAAGCCUGGGGCCGCUGAGAAAGGAUCAACUAAUGUUGUCAUUACCGUUCGCUCACCUGGCGGCCACUCUUCGAUUCCACAUGACCAUACCAGUAUCGGUAUUCUCAGCGAGCUGGUUUAUCUGAUCGAAUCCACGCAAUACCGGACUAAGCUGUACGAUGAGAAUCCGUACUUUACUCAACUCCAAUGUGGAGCUGCUUAUUCGCCUAAGUUUGAUCCCAAGCUGAAGAAACUUCUCGAUGAACGGCUGCAAUCUCGUGGCACUGGCGCGGCUCAUCAUGAUCCGCUUGCGUUGGAAGCGGCUAAACAAGGUGCAAGCAUUAAGUAUCUGUUGCAGACUUCGCAAGCUGUAGAUAUCAUUUCUGGAGGCGUCAAAGUCAAUGCUUUGCCAGAGCGCGCCCAAGCAAUUAUCAAUCAUCGGAUCAAUGUAGGCGAAACUGCCCAGGUGAUCUUCGAUCACCUCACCAAAGUCGCUGCCCACGUGUCCUCAAAACACAACUUAACCCUCCAUGCAUUCGACAACAUCGAAGAAGCGUCCUCCAUCAGUCUAGCCCACAACGGCAUACUCGACCCCGCGCCCGUUACACCAUCCGACGGCUCAGUCACAAGUCCCUUCUCCAUCCUCGCCGCCACCGUCCGAGCCGUGUACGGAGAGGAAGUAAUCGUCACGCCAGGAAUCAUGACUGGGAACACUGACACACGCUUCUUUUGGGAUCUGUCGAAACAUCUUUUUCGCUUUGCGCCCGGAUAUGAUCGGGAUGAUGAGGCGGGUUUGGGAGGUAUUCAUACGAUUAAUGAGAAGGCUUCGGUGGAGAAUCAUGUUAAUGCUGUGAAGUGGUUUACGCUGUUUGUGAGGAACUUUGAUGAAGUGGAGGACUUGUGAGUAAGCAAACAAGCACAAAGUGGAGAGAGGGGGUUUUGAUUGAAGCAUCCGUUUCCGCAGAGAAUGGUCUGCUUUAAUUCUGUCAGCAUCAAGUUAUUUUGAGAUUUCUUUUUCCUUUUCAAAAAGUACCGGGUGUCCCGAGUAACAAUCUCAGUACAGGUACAUGUAUAGAAAAGUGUUAAAGUGGAGUAACUUCAGGCCCUACCUAGACACCUACUUGCGGAGGUCCUUUGACAUUUCGCUGCAUCAUGUGAAUGGGUUUAUAUUGCAAUAUAUGAGAUCGAUGGUUGAAAAAUACUC